AUGGAGUUUUCUCGGCGCUUGGUUUUGCUGAAGGACGUGCUAUUGAAGGCCGGGGCCCCUAAGUACCGGUUAGAGCAGUUAACUCGCCAGUUAUAUGCUGGCAAAACCACCGUGGCUGACUUGAAGGCACUCGGCACUCAGGCGAAAAAUGCGAUUGAGACACACUUCGGUCCCGAUUUGUUAACGCUGAAUUUCUGGAGCUGGGUAUGCUGGGUAUUGUCUUCAAUUUCCGCAUUUGCUCCCUGCAGGAAGGUUGGCCUUAAACGGCAGCUGAGUGUUGACGAAAUCUCUGACCAGGUGCUUUACUUCCAGGCGAAUGGGAUACGAGCUGACUCUAUAUCUUUCAUGGGCAUGGGGGAGCCUCUUGCAAACCCUCGUGUCUUCGAGACCCUCAAACUACUAACAGACUCCAGAGCAUUUGGCAUUUCGGCACGGCGUUUGAACAUUUCCACUUCAGGCGUCCUUCCAGGCAUAAAGAAGCUCAAUGAGCAACACCCACAGGUGCCCGCUAACCGCAUGUACCCAUUUCCGGAAGUAUUCACUCUGCUCGACGAGCGCAUUGGCUUGACGGGCCGUCGUGUUUGGAUUGCAUACUUACUGCUUCAAGGCGUCAACGACUCCGUCGAACACGCAAAGGCCCUUGCGGCUCUUAUCAGGAGUCGCCGACGAGAAACUAGACAUUUGUACCACGUAUCAUUAAUCGAAUACAACGAAGCGAAAGGGGUAUCUACGUCGCUGCAGCGGUCUGACGAUAGACAUCUCCGUCUGUUCGAGGAUGUCCUCGACAAUGCUCACAUCUCACAUUCCCGUAGAAACUACUUCGGACGGGAGAUCGAUGCAGCAUGUGGGCAACAGUGUGCAGCUUAUGAUCCAGAGCCCAAGCGGAUAGAAUCUGCAUGCUCAGUACAACUUCGUGGGGCGCCCUGUGCGGCGCGUGAAGCUCCACAGAUGCCAUAG